AUGCUGAGCUUGGAAUUCGGACUGGGUGUCAUCCUAUUUGUGGUGUGCACGACUGGAGGUCAGAACAUAACGGACGGAGGAAAGGAUGGUCGCAUUGUCGGCGGCUGGGAAACGCACAUUAGCUACUUUCCGCACCAAGUUUCGCUUCAGUUGGGCACCCGCCAUGCCUGCGGCGGUACUAUCCUGUCACCCACCAUUAUCCUGACGGCUGCCCACUGUGUGCUUGAAUAUACAAAACCGCAGUAUUAUUUUAUCAGAGCCGGUACCAGUGAGUGGGCCAGCGGUGGAAGUUAUCUAAGAGUUCGCCGCAUCAUUCCGCAUCCCAAAUUCCACGAGCCCACCCGAAUGAACAACGACAUUGCUAUGAUCCAAUUGCAACAACCUCUCGUCUAUAGUCGGGAUAUUCAGCCCAUAUCGUUGGUCACCAAAGAAGAUAAAAUACAGCCAGCUGCACAACUCUUUGUCAGUGGCUGGGGAUCUCUGGGAGUUUCGCAGAUGCAGCCGGAGAAGCGUUUGCGUUACACAGUUGUGCAGCGCAGGGAUCAGGAUCAGUGCGCUCGGAACUACUUUGGAGCUGGAACCGUGACAAGCACAAUGUUCUGUGCGGGAACUCAGAAUGGUGGCAGAGACAGUUGUCAAGGAGAUUCCGGGGGCCCACUAGUAACAUCAAUCGACGGCCGCAUGAAAAUCUUCGGUAUCGUAUCCUGGGGAUUCGGCUGCGCCAACGCCAUGUUUCCUGGAGUUUAUACAAAAGUCUCCGAAUAUGGUGACUGGAUAGCUGAGACUAUGGAUAAACUAGCUUAAUUUUCAAAUUAAUAGUCCAAAGCUUUAGUUAUACUUAAGUUAAUACCUAGUUCCUGUGCAAGUAAUAAGUCUUAUGUUUAAGCUUUUUUCUCCUCUGUAAAUGAACUUUCCAAUAAUCAAUUUGCUAAUUCUCAAGACCAGAUGACUAACAGUAUAACAUAAAAUGCUAAUUAUUGAAAAA